UCCACUCCAAAUCACAAAGCGGCAGCUUAUUCUAGCUAAGAAACAUAGAAAAGAGAGAGGGAAAGAAUCAGUAACGAGAGAGAGAAAAAAUGUUUGGAAUUGGAAAAGUUAUAGAAGGGGCCUUGAACACCACCGGCGACCUCGCCGGCUCUGUGAUCAAUGCCGGCGGCAACAUUGUAGAUCGUGUCACCAAUCUUGGAGGGAAGAAGAUCAAAGGCAAAGUCAUUCUCAUGAGAAGCAAUGUAUUGGACUUCACUGAAUUCCAUUCCACACUUCUCGAUGGCUUCACCGAGCUUUUGGGCGGCGGGGUUUCGUUGCAGCUCAUCAGUGCCACUCAGGCUUCUUUGGACUCGCGAGGGAAAGUUGGAAAGCGGGCUUUCUUGGAGAGGUGGUUGACUUCGAUCCCGCCACUGUUCGCCGGAGAGUCUGUGUUUCAAGUGAACUUCGAUUUGGAAGAUAACUUUGGGCUUCCAGGAGCUUUCUUCAUAAAAAAUGGACAUACAAGUGAAUUCUUUCUCAAGUCUCUUACUCUAGAGGAUGUUCCUGGCUUUGGAAGGAUCCAUUUUGACUGCAACUCCUGGGUUUACCCUUCUGGGAGAUACAAGAAAGAUCGUAUUUUCUUUGCCAACAAAACAUUUCUCCCAAGUGAGACACCGAAUCCUCUUCGCAAGUAUAGAGAGGAAGAGCUAUUGAACCUUAGAGGAGAUGGAACUGGAGAACGAAAAGAGUGGGAUAGAAUCUAUGACUAUGAUGUCUACAACGAUCUUUCUGAUCCAAAUGUUCGUCCCAUUCUCGGAGGAAGCCAACACCCUUACCCCCGUCGUGGAAGGACGGGAAGACCACGAGCAAGAAGAGAUUCCAACUAUGAGACUAGAUUGUCAGCAGUGUUGGGCUUAACCAUUUACGUACCAAGAGAUGAAAAUUUUGGUCACUUGAAGAUGUCAGAUUUCCUUGGAUUUGCACUGAAAUCGCUCUCUUCAACUGUCCAGCCAGAGCUCGUAAACUUGAUAAAUAUAACUCCAGGCGAGUUUGACAAGUUUCAAGAUGUUCAUGAUCUUUAUGAAGGAGGAUUUCCUGUGCCAUUGAAUGUGUUUAGGAAUCUCACUGAGGCAUUCACACCACCCAUGUUCCAAGAACUCCUAAGGAAUGAUGGAGAAAGAUUCCUCAAAUUCUCACCCCCCCAAGUUGUGAGAGAUAAUAAGUCAGGUUGGAGAACCGACGAAGAAUUUGCAAGAGAAAUGCUCGCAGGAGUAAACCCCGUAAUCAUUUGUCGUCUUAAGGAAUUUCCACCCUUGAGCAAACUAGACCCUCAAAUUUAUGGCGAUCAAAAUAGCAAGAUAACUGAAGAAGACAUAAAAUUUGGGUUGGAAGGACUUAGUGCUGAUGAGGCAAUAAAACAGAACAAGUUAUACAUAUUAGAUCACCAUGAUGCAUUGAUGCCAUAUCUCAGAAGAAUAAAUUCAACAUCCACAAGAACUUAUGCCACAAGAACACUUCUCUUUUUGAAAGCCGAUGGAACUUUGAAGCCAUUGGUAAUUGAGCUGAGCUUGCCACACCCUCAAGGCGAUCAAUUUGGUGCCAAUAGCAAAUUAUAUUUUCCAGCUGAAUCAGGAGUUGAAAACUCAAUAUGGCAAUUGGCUAAAGCUUAUGUAGCUGUAAAUGAUGCUGGAUACCAUCAACUCAACAGCCAUUGGUUGCAUACCCAUGCAGUACAAGAGCCCUUCGUGAUUGCAACACAUCGACAAUUGAGUGUGGUUCAUCCAAUUCAUAAGUUGCUGGUUCCUCAUUUCAAAGACACAAUGUUUAUAAAUGCAUUUGCAAGGCAAGUCCUUGUCAAUGCUGAUGGUCUUCUUGAAUCCACCCAUUUCCAAUCAAAAUAUGCCAUGGAGUUGUCUUCUGAUGUGUAUAAGGAAUGGAAUUUCCUCGAACAAGGACUACCUGCAGAUCUCAUCAAGAGAGGUGUAGCAGUUGAGGACUCAAAUUCUCCCCAUGGACUUCGGUUGCUAAUAGAGGACUAUCCCUUUGCUGUGGAUGGGCUUGAGAUUUGGUCAACAAUCAAAACAUGGGUCACAGAUUACAUUUCUGUAUACUACAAGGACGACAAGGCAGUUCAAAAUGAUGUUGAACUUCAAUCUUGGUGGAAAGAAGUAAGAGAGAAAGGCCAUGCUGAUAAGAAAAACGAGCCAUGGUGGCCAAAGAUGCAAACUUUAAAAGAACUAAUUGAAUCAUGCACUACUAUCAUAUGGAUUUCUUCAGCUCUCCAUGCAGCAGUCAACUUUGGACAGUACCCUUAUGGAGGUUUUAUUCCCAAUAGACCAACUAUAAGCCGUAGGUUCAUGCCUGAAGUAGGCACUCCUGAGUACAAAGAACUUGAGUCGAAUCCCGAGAAGGCGUUCUUAAGAACCAUCAAUUCGCAACUCCAGACUCUUCUUGGAGUUUCACUAAUUGAAAUAUUGUCGAGGCACGCUUCUGACGAGGUUUAUCUCGGGCAAAGAGCCAGCAUUGAGUGGACAUCCGAUGCAGCUGCGAUAGAAGUGUUCGAGAAAUUUGGAAAAGAAGUAUUUGAAGUUGAAAACAGGAUUAUAGAGAGGAAUAAGAACAUCAACUUCAAAAAUAGAACUGGGCCUGUUAAUGUGCCAUACACUUUGCUCCUACCAUCCAGCACUGAAGGACUCACAGGCAGAGGAAUUCCCAACAGCAUCUCCAUCUAAGCUCCUCAAGCACAUUGUGGAGUGUAAUAAAUUCAUUAUGUUGUUUGUGUUCAAUUUGAAUGUAAAAAAGGCUAUUUCUAGAGCUACUCGUCAAAUAAAUUGAGAUAAAAGAGUAUGCUCAGGUAGCUUUUUCGUACUUAAAUUAUCUGAAUUAGCUGUCUUAAUGAAUAAAAGUGGUGUCUUUUUUAAUA